GCUGUUUCGCUCUUUCCGCUCUUUUUUCUCCACACCGCAUUCGUAAACAAAGACAAUGAAAGCUCCAGUCAAACGCCUAAGGAGGCCUCAGAUUAUUUUUCGCCGUCGAGCCGUGCGCACGUAUUCGAAAAAAAACACAACUAAUAGUGUAUAAUAGUGCAGUAUUGUGUAAAACACGCGCGUCUCUGCUGUCUCGCUCUGGCACCCACACAUACACUCUCGCGUGCCCAUACACACAUGCACACACACACGUAUACAGAUACCUGUAAGAGAGCGAGGAACGAAAAACGGUGCAUGGAAAAUAGGAAAAUCGGAACUGAAAAAGUCGGAAUUUCGCUUAAUCGUAGUUAGCUUUGCGUACGACUGUCAGUGUGAAAUUGAAAGUGUCGGCGAUUUGUUUCAGAAACUAGAAGCGUUACAAAAUUCGAAACCAACAAAUAUUGCAUCCACUAGUUUUCGCAGUGAAAACAUCUGGGCGCGAAAAAAUCGAUCCAGACAAUGUGAAAAUUGGCCAAACUCUCGUACCUCGGAAUGCAAGCAACAAUUUUUUGGCAAAAACAAAACAAAUAGCGAUACUACGGUUUGAAAUUAAGAUAUACACAUAUAUAGUGCUUAUAUAGGUAGAUAAACGGCGUGUUACGUUGAUAUAGUUGUAAAAGUAAUAAUAAAAGCGCGGCGCAACAACCCGAGCGGCUUAGUCAUCCGUGCAGGAGAUUCGCUUUGGCAGCAGAUACUACAAGAUACGAGAUACAAAACACCAGAUACAAUAGCAAAACAGCGGUCUUAAGAGCCCAGCUUUAGCCAGUUGGAAACACCGUAAAACCACAGUGAAUUUUCGGAUGUCACACCAAGUUCUCAUCUUAAUAAUAAAGCCUAACAUUUUAAGUGAUUAACGAAUAUUGUAGCUGCAGAUACAAGCUAUACUACAGCAAAUACCCCAACAUUAAGCGGUUGAUAAACCCGAACCUAAAGGAACUUGAAAACUGGAAGACCUACGUAAUUACAACAAAUUGCAGCAACAACAAGGCAACGCCUACGACACGCCAGUGAUUACAACAAUAAUAGCAGCAAACAGCAACAGCAACAGCAAAAACAACAUUACUUACCUAUCCAGCGUAACCUGUUGUAGCUAUUUCACUGUACUGCAUUGCUGCUCACCUCUCGGCAUCUAAAAUUGGGCAUUCACAAGCGGCUUAAAUACGUGGUUAACCAUCGGCUGCGAAUACACAUACACGUUAUAUAGCCGGAAUCUGCAAGUGGCACACCUGUGGCCACGGGUCAGUUGAACACCAGUUGGAGCAACAGCAUCACCAUCAAAGCCACAAUCGCACACAAUGUCGAGACUCACCGAGGAAAUGGUGAUUGCGCGGGCCAAGCAAUCCGAUCUGGCCCUGAUCAAAAAGCUAAAUUGCUGGGGCAGUGAUCUCAGCGAUGUGUCCAUCAUCAAGCGAAUGCGCGGAGUGGAAGUGCUGGCUCUUAGUGUCAACAAGAUCAGCACGCUGUCGCCUUUCGAGGAAUGCCACAAACUGCAGGAACUGUAUCUGCGCAAGAACAACAUCUCCGACAUCAACGAGAUUGGCUACCUGCAAAAUCUGCCGAGUCUCAGGUAUCUCUGGCUGGAGGAAAAUCCCUGCUGCGAUCGAGCGGGUCCCAACUAUCGUGCGGUCGUAUUACGCGCCCUGCCCAACCUGAAGAAACUCGACAAUGUGGAGGUCACGCAGGAGGAGGUGGACGAGGCGCUGCGUGGCGGCGGAGGCGCCGCACCAGAGGAUGAGGUCUACGAGGAUGCCUACCAGCAACAGCAGCAAUCAUCGCGCACAUCGCCUCAGCAGAUACCGCAGCAGCAGCAGCAGCAGCAACAGCAGCAACACAGCUACCCGCAACACUCGCCGCCGCAGCAGCAGCAGCAAUAUCACCAGCAGCAGCCACAUCAUCAACCGCAGCAACAGCAGUCGCAGCAGCAGCGCCGCAGCUCCAGUCCCAUGAAAGAGCCGCCGCAGUUGCCCAGUCCGCUGGUCAACAACAGCAGCGAAGGAAGCAUCAGCCACAGUGCCAGCGAUCUUUACCAGGUGCAGGCGGCUCAGCCGCCGAAGGGCUCCCAGCCACCCACGCCCACCAAGGAACCCGUGCAUCCGCCAUCGCCCAUGUAUAACACCAUAACCAAAGAGCAGCGCACCUCCUACCACCAAUACGAUCGCUCGCCGGGAUCCGACCAGGAGAGUAGUACGCACACGUACAGGGAGGUGCGGCCCACGCCGCUCCCGCCCAGCAUUUCGGCGCACUCGAUGAAGGAAUACUAUCAGUCGGACAGACCCGCCUACCCGGCGCACUACCGCCACAGCCAGACGGAUCUCACCGAGUGGGAGGAGCACCAGCAGGCGCCCCAGGUGCAUCACAAUCCCUACGGCAGCCAGAUGCAGUUGCACCACCCGCAGCGACGCUCCGCGGGACCGGAGACGACGGCCUACAGGAAUGGCAGUGCUCGGGAGAAUGGCGGCGAAUGGGAUCCGGAGGACAGGCCCAGGGCGAGGCGGCCCGAGGGAAGGUAUAGUGACUCGACCACGACAUUGUCGGCCUCUGUGAUGAAUCACUAUGCGGGCUACCACCGCAGGCCCGUGAAUAGGAAUUCGAAUAUUCUUUCCGCCACUCUCUGUUUGGUGAAGGAGUUGGACUACGCCAGUCUGGAGGUUCUGGAGCACGCUGUGCGAUGUCGCAUUGAUGAGUUGGCGAGCGAAUGAUGAAGACGGCUCUCUAAUCGCAUGUCGAUUAGCUAAUCCACGGCCUGUAUGGCGUUACAAAAUACAAAUGACCAGGAAAAUGCAACACACAUAAAAGACAAGAUGAGCAGCAGGUGCUGCGUAGGGGAAAUGGAAAAACUGAUAUUAUACUAACGUCUUAAGCAACAAAUAACGACUACAAAUCAGAUACUUAACGAGGAUAACGAUUCAUACUUGCCAAUUGUAAACUGUCAUAGUGUAACUAGCAACUUUUGUAAGCAUUUUGUCAUGUAACGAACUUUGCUAAUGGUAUCAGAAAACGAAACAGUAAGCUAGGACAUAAUCGCCAGUGGAUGGAGUAUAUAUAUUGUAUUGGAUGAUUUGCGCCUAUUGAUCCCAGAUCCCGUUCAGUUGAUCCCCGAUCGAGAGCACAGACCACAAAAACUAGCCUUCUUUUGUACUUAACUCGCGAAGAUCGACUAACGAACUAAUGUCGCCCAAGGCGAAGAAGCACAAUGUAUCUUCCUUGUUUCAUUGUAAGAUUAGUUGAAAUUAUACUCAUGACUUUGUUAAAUAUUUGUACGCGAAAGCAAUUAACGCUAAA